AUGGCUGAGUAACAUUUAUUUGAAAUUUUAUCUUUGUCAAAGUAAAUUGAGGAAUCAAUAUACAAUAUAGUUAUUGGAAUAUUAAAGCAAGAGAAAAGUUCAGAUUGCUUAGGGUUUCUUUAAGAAAGCUGUAAUCAGUCUCUCCUUUAAUAAUAUAUUUUGGAAGAAAAAUUAACCAAUAUUGAUUAGCAAGAGAGAUUGAAUAUUAUAAAAUAUAAUAUUGGGAUUCUUAUUAACAUCCUUACCAAUAUUUCUAAGCUCAAUUUCAAUAAAGACGAUUAUUCUACAAUAGUUAACAUAGAAACUAAAAAGAAUAUAAUUUAGAAGAUAUAAAAAAUAGAGCAAAUUAUUGUGUUGUUAAAAUUUUUUGUUCGUCUUACAGCCAUAGACAGCAAAUUCAUCUAGUGCGGAUCUAAUGCACUAAAUUUAUUAGUAGAAAUGAAGGUUGAUUUGAAGAAAUAAAAUUUUGAAAAUAUUAAGAUAAUGAAUACUUCUUUGAUAGGAGCUAAUUUAGUGAGAUGUAAUUUGAGUGGAUCUGAAUUUGAUAACGUAGAUAUAAGUGGAAUCAAUUUAAAUGGAGCGUAAUUAUUUAAUUGCAAAUGGAGAAAUAUUAAGAUCGAUAAGUUGCAUUCAUUAAAUGGUCAUACCAGUAGAGUAAAUUCAGUUUGCUUUUCUCCUGAUGGUACUACAUUAGCAUCUGGGAGUGAUGACGAAACUAUUCGUUUAUGGGAUGUUAAAGCAGGAAAAAUAAAAUCAGUGCUUAAAAGUCAUGGUUGGGUAAAAUCAAUUUGCUUUUCACUUAACUGUAAUGUUAUAGCAUCUUGCAAUUACCUGAAUGUGUAUUUAUGGAAUCUUAAAUCAGGAAAAAAAAUAUUAAAAUUAAAUGGUCAUACAAAUAGAGUGAAUUCAAUUUGCUUUUCUCCUGAUUGCACCACAUUAGCUUCUUGUAGUUAAGAUUAAAUUAUUCAUUUGCGGGAUGUUAAAACAAGAGGACAAAACUAUUAAUUAAAUGGUCAUACGAGUAGAGUAAAUUCAGUAUGUUUUUCUCCUGAUGGUUCUACGCUUGCUUCAGGAAGCAAUGAUGAAACUAUUAGUUUAUGGGAUUUUAAAGUGGGACAAAAAAAAUCUCAAUUUAAUGGCCAUAGUGAUUGUGUUAAUUCAGUUUGUUUUUCUGCCGAUGGUACUACAUUAGCAUCUGGGAGUGAUGAUAAAACUAUUCGUUUAUGGGAUGUUAAAGCAGGAAAAAUAAAAUCAGUGUUAAAAAGUGAUUCUAGGGUCUGGUCAAUUUGCUUUUUACUUAAUGGAAAUAGAUUAGCAACUUGCAGUGGUCGAUAGGUGUACUUAUGGAAUAUUAAAACAGGAAAUCUAAAAUCUUAACUAAAUGGUCAUGGUGAAUUUGUUAAUUCGAUAUACUUUUCUCCUGAUGGCACUACAUUAGCAUCCGGGAGUGAUGAUAAUUCUAUUCGUUUAUGGGAUGUUAAAGCAGGAAAUCAAAAUUCCUCCUCAGAUGGUCCUUCUAGUAAUGUGUAUUAAAUAUGCUAUUCCCCUAAUGGGACCACUUUAGCAUCUUUAAGUAAUGAUCAAAUUAUUUGUUUUUGGGAUGUCAAAACAGGGCAAAAAAUAUCGUAUAUACAUAUUUAUGAUUAUUCUGUUAACUCAAUAUGUUUUUCUCCUGAUGGUACUACUUUAGCAACGGGUAGUAAGUUUUUAAUUCGUUUAUGGGAUGUUAAAACAGGAAAACAAAAAUCAAAAAUAGAUAUAUAUACUAAUAGUGUGAAUGCAAUAUCCUAUUCUCCUGAUGGAUCUACAUUAGCAGCUGCAAGUUACGAUAAUUCUAUUUAUUUGUGGGAUAUUAAAACAGGACAAUAAUAAACCUAAUUAAAUGGUCAUAAUUUAGAUGUUACAACAUUAUGUUUUUCUACUGAUGGUACAACAUUAGCUUCUGCCAGUUAGGAUAAUUCUAUUCGUUUUUGGGAUGUCAAAACAGGAAAACAAAAAUCUAAAUUAGAUGAUCAUACUAAUUUUAUGAAUUCAAUAUCUUGGUCUCCUGAUGGUAAUACAUUAGCAUCUGGUUGUAUGGAUAAUUCUAUUCAUUUAUGGGAUGUCAAAACAGGAUAACGAAAGGCAUAAUUAAAUGGUCAUAAUGAAGAUGUAACAUCGGUAUGCUUUUCUUCUGAUGGUACUAUAUUAGCAUCUGGAAGUAAUGAUAAAACUAUUCGUUUGUGGGAUGUUGAAACAGGGUAGUAAAAGUCUAUAUUAAAUGGUCAUAGAUAAGGAGUUAGUUCGGUCUGCUUUUCUCCUGAUAGUACUGUAUUAGCUUCUAGUGGUUAAGAUAAUUCUAUACGUUUUUGGGAUAUUAAAGAAGGACAACAGAAGGCUUAAUUAAAUGGUCAUAGUUAGGAUGUAACAUCGUUAUGCUUUUCUUUUGAUGGCACCAUAUUAGCAUCUGGUAGUUAAGAUAAUUCAAUUCGUUUUUGGGAUAUUAAAACAGGAAAGCAAAAAUCUUAGUUAAACGGCCAUAAAAAAGAAGUUACUUCCGUAUGCUUUUCUCCUUAUGAUACUAUGUUCGCAUCAGGGAGUAGCGAUAAAACUAUUCGUUUAUGGGAUGCUAAAACAGGAAAUCAAAAAUUUUAAUUAAAUGGUCAUACUAGAGCUGUUAUGUCAGUUUGUUUUUCUCGUGAUGGUGCUAUAUUAGCAUCGGGUAGUGGAGAUAAAACUAUUCUUUUAUGGGAUGUUAAAAAUGGACAACAAAAAUCAUUACUAUAUGGUCAUAGUCAUUAUGUGGCAUCGUUAUGCUUUUCUUUUGAUAAUUGUUUAUUAGCUUCUGGUAGUGGAGAUAAAACGAUUCUGCUAUGGGAUAUUAAUACAGGAAAAUAAAAAUCUUUAUUAAAAGGUCAUAAUAGUGGAGUUUAUUGUGUAUGCUUUUCUCCUGAUAACCUUACAUUAGCAUCAGGUGGAGAAGACAAAUCUAUUCGUUUUUGGGAUGUCAAAACAGGUUAUUAAAAAUCUUAAUUAAAUGGUCAUUGUGAUAUUGUUACUUCUAUUUGCUUUUCUCCUGAUGGUAAUACAUUGGCAUCUGGAAGUUUUGACAACUCAAUUCGUUUAUGGAAUUCUAAAACAGGAUUAAAAAAAUCUCAAUUAAAUGGACAUAAUAAUUGCGUUUAAUCAAUAUGUUUUUCUCCUGAUGGCGCUACAUUAGCAUCAGCAAGCUCGGACAAUACUAUUCUGUUAUGGGAUGUGAAAAUAGGACAACAAUAAUCUUUCUAACAUGCUUAUUCAAGAGUUUAUUCAGUUUGUUAUAUUCCCGAUGGUAUUAUAGUAGCAUCUAGAAAUUAUGAUUAAAUUAUUGAUUUAUGGGAUGUUAAAACUGGAGAACAAAUAAAACAUUCAGAAAAAGUAUAUAAUGAACUUCUAUCUAAAAUAAAAAUACAGCUUAAAAAUAAUUCUAUUUCAUUGUUUCAGGAAUAAGGUAUUUAUAUGUAUAUUUCUUAGCAGAUCCUAUUACAAUAAAUCUUUUAACUUCAGAACUUACAUUUUUAGCAGAAAAUGCUAUAAUAUUAAGAGGAGAAUUUAUAAAUCAUCUUGGUAUCAAUUUAAAACACUUAUUUCAAUAAAAUGGAGGUUGCUUUUUGGAAAGAAAAUUAGAAUUAGCCUAAAAUGCUCUAAAAAUUUGA